CACAGGGAGCAUUUUUCUAGGCGGACAGGUGCCGGUACUUCCUGUAGGGGGUACCAUGGCAACCAGAUACAACUGCUGAUACGGACGAAGAGAACUGACAUACAGGACUGUGUUUCUCCUGGGCGAUGAAAAGCCGCGAGGAUGCCUGUGUACAUUAGAAAGAACCCAGCAGAGAUCCCAGCUCCUUCAGAGCGAGGCGGCAGUGAGGAUGAGGAGGAGAUGUACUUGAAGGACCCGGACCAACUGAAGGAUACGCUGCCCCAGCCCUUUCGCAUGAUCGACAAAGUCUUGAACAGCCUGAUCGACCAAGCGUGGGACCGCAUUUCCGAGAGAGAGGCGCUCAGAGCUGCUGAGCAGGCAAAGAAAAAUGUUCCCGUGUGGGAAGCAAGUGGAGAAAUUAAGCUUUCUACAAGAGUCAACUGUCUUGUGAGCUCUGGGGAUGGGAAGUAUGUCUUCCUCGGCCAUUCCAAGGGGCUUUCUGUCAUCAGCGUUUCCACUUUCUCCACUGUCUCAGCCUGGGAGGAGGAGGAGGUGGAGAUAACGUCUGUCUGCGCUACAGUCCUUGGGGAACAGGUGUAUCUCCUUGGGACUGUGGAUGACAUGGGUCUUUCACGGCUCUUUGUCUGUUUUGCUGACUGCAUCCUGUUAAUCAAAGUCAUCAAUGAAACUGAUGAUGUCAGCAGAAGGAACAUCUGUACAAAAUUUGAACUGUCCGAAGGGGGUGAUUUUGCUGGGAUAGUGUUAGAAUGCAAUGGAGACUCCUGGCUCGAGGUCUAUCGAUUUCCAAAAGAUUCCUGGCUGAGGGAGCUGGAGAUCACACAGGCUGCAACACAGAAGCAGGCAACUCACAUGACUAGUCAUGCAGAUGUAAAGCUUUCUUCUUUCACAAUGAUAAUGAAAAUCAAGCCUCCAAAAGUACUUUCAGGGACAUCACUGAAAAGCCCCUUUGAAGUUCUACAGAAGACGGAAGAUGGUUCUGUAAUUGGUUCUGGCCAAAACCACAUGAUCAGCUUGCAACAGUGGGAAAAACAAGAGGCAGCAUUUAAUUCUGUAUACAAAAAAUACCUAGAAACAGCUGAACCCAAGAGAGACGAAGAAAGACCAAGUCAAUGCACCUUUCACUUUCACCUACCUGGUGGAUUGUCUCCAAUUUUUGGAGAAUCAAAAGGUCAUCAGAGAGGGCUGCCUGUAGGUAUCAGUGUGUGGUGGAGUGGAAAUCAUAAUCUUUUUCAAUAUCUGCUCCUGAGACCCUCAAAGGACAAAGCAGAUAAUGAGCCGAAACCGGAUGUUGUUUGGCCGAACGCCCGCCCAAUUGUCUGCUCAACGAUCAGCAGAUGCACUCAGUGCAUAGCUCUGGGGUUUACUGGUGGCCUGCUCGCAGUAUGGAACCAGUAUUUAGGGCUUCCACUGUCCGUUCUCACAGUUCCAGGGGGCAGUGAUUUCAGCAGCAUGCGGUUCAUGUACUGCCGGCCUGCUUGUACAGGGGAUUUCCCUAGUGUGACCUCUUUUCAUCUGAAUAUUCAGCUCCUCGUGGUGUGCAAGGAUGGGACUUCUCGCAUAGUUACAGCUGGGAGAGGGAAAGAGAUCACUGUGACAAAGUUAACAGAAAGACCAGAAAAUCAGGACUGCCUGACUACUGCAAUGGUUAUCGUACCAUUUCUGCAGAAUGUGGCUCUUCAAAUCCUUAGAAAUAGCACGACUGUCCUGCAGGAUAUCACUACUGGGACGAUCAUCUGCAGCUUAGGCCUCCCAGCGUUUUACAACUUCGCAUCACCCUGGAACCCAGUAUACCUGCUGGAUCCAGAAAGCCACACUCUGUUUCUUAGAGGGGACAAGAAAACCUCUCCAGAUGAAAUACUGGAAAGGAAAGAAUUGGAAAGCAUGCUGUUUGUUUUCAGCUUCCAUGAGUGUGUAUUAAUUGAGCCAUACAAAGAAGCUCUCCCUAGUCCCUCAAUUACAAAAAGCUCUACAAGCCUGGAGGAGAGAUGUGAGAUGUACUUGCAAGCAAGGUUGCUUUCUUUGCAGGACAGAAACAAAGCCCUGACGAGGAGCUGGAGCCAGCUGCAGCAGCACGCAGCUUCGCUUCAGAUGAUGAAACAGAAAAAAAUAAGUCAGGCGGCUGUUACCCACAGGUCCCAGAUUCAAACUCGAAGAAAGCAGCAAGGAGUGGCAGUUUAAUGUUGUAUAUUUGACAGGUUCUCCUUUUCUUGCCAUAGUUUUGCAGCACAUGUGCAGAACUGAAUAUUGAUGUGCAGGUUCCUAACAGCUUUUGCCAAUGGAUAGGAUGCUGAUACUCUGGUGUUUCCCUCCUUUCAAAUUCUCUACAGCUGCUGUGGGAUAGCUUUGUGAUCAUCUACCAAAACACCACUAAUUUUGACAAGCUGUAUGUGAAUGAAUUUUUACUGUCAAAAAGCAGGUUCAUAAAAUCAUUCGAAUUGUAUGUACUGUAUACACACUGAGAGGCAUUAAAUUCACAACAAGAUGAGCAUUGAAACUCGUAGCAUCUAUUAAAUUUUUAAUGCCUCUUAUUAUUUUUACACAGAAAUGUAUAAAACAUGAAGCAUGUUACUGUUAUGGCAUUCAUGUAAUGAGAACUGAAAAGAUUCUUGAGGGAAAGAAAUUGUGAUGAGGAAUGCAGAAUGCAGUAUGCAGGAGGCCUUUUCAUUGCUUUUACAGAGAAACACUGAAAAUAAGCAUUAAUCAUUUCUAUAAUUGAAUGUAACAGUAUUGAUUUACAGAUGGGUUCAGAUCGUUUUCAGCAAUAUUUCCAGAUGGCAGGCAAAUCUUUUGCCUACUAUACUUUUUAAGAUAUACAGUACUUAUGGGGAAUAACCAGAUAAUUUUGUGACACAACUACAUAUCGCCAUUUCCUUAAAUAAUUUCAUUUUUAUUAUGACUGUUGAGAUUUCAGAAAAUUUAAUCACUUUUGUAAGAAUUAUCCAGAUUUAUUCAAUGUUAAUUAUUUGACUAGAUUUGUUUUUAUUCAAAGGGACUUGCCUUUAUACCCAUCCAAUGUACAUGUACUGUAUACACCUGAGUAUUUUACUGGAGCGGUCUGACUUUGCACAAAGCUACAACAGCUGUGGACCUACAACUUAGUAGUUACAAAUCAAGAGCCUCAAACUUCUACACUGUCUCUUGUUCAAGUGUUGCAUAAGAAAAAAUAUAGCAAUUAACUGUAAACAUCAUCAAACAAAGGCUUUAAAAUCAGGUUUCUGAAAGAAGCCAUGAGCUUAGUUUUUCUCAUGUUCUAAAAUUCAGCGCUCAAGAACUAUAACUGAUUAAUUUUGCUGAUGGUAUGGUACAGUAAGUGUUUGAUCUCAUCUUGAAUACAAUUAUAGCAUUGAACAAAGAAUCCUCUUCCAGUUGUGAAAGUAAUAAAGGAAAUGCAAAUGAUAAAAGAACAAAUGCAUGCUUCUUUAGAUAUUUUGUGGAUGGUUUUCACCUUAGUGUUGUCUUGCCUGUGUUAUGUUUCAUUACUCAAGCCAAAAUAAAA